UCUGGAAAGGUCAUAUUUGUCGACGAAUGCCGUAAUAGGACUCCAGCCUCGCACCCAUCCAGCAGAGCGAAGUCACGUGGGUCGCAGUUACGUCAUUCCCAUCAUGCCUCAGGGGAAUCUGCCAAUGAUAAUGGGAACGUACCAAACAGCAGACCCGAUUCCCAAAGUGUGGAGUUACCUCCCGUGAAACGACCAGGAUAUCACACGCCACGACACACUCCUAGAUACACCCCUAGAUACACCCCUCAUGGCAGGCGGCAGCUGGGACCAGACAAGGCGGCAGCACUGAGAUAUGGCCUGCAACAAGACAGAGGGUACCUCAUGCAUCUUCUUAGGGGCCCAUGGCCGACCAGAGAAGCCUGGAAUGACCAACCAAUGGACGGGACCGACAGACCGUGGACAAUUCAGCGCGGUGCGCACGGCAACAACACCCGUGAUACCAGCGACAUUGACUACACCACGACAUCUGGCGACAUGGGCUACCUCGACAUUGAUGAUGCGAGGCUCAGACGUUUGCUGGAAGAGCUGUAUGGAGACAAGAAGUACAUGGAUGCUCUUCUUGCUGCCGGAGAGACGUCUUCCAAAGAAGAAGUUAAGGCCCUUGCGGAACAUGGACGGAACUACUUGCUGCAGAUGGCGCUGUACUGGGAGGAGAAAGGUCCUCUUCCUCCGCGUCCUUCUGUCACGGCCCUCGGCUUCAGGAUGGAGAGAGCUAAGACAGCUUCCCCGCAAGAGAACAAAACACCGACUCUUCAGAGAAAUAAAACGAUGGAUUGAGAGCAUUAUGCACUAACCUUCACCGAAACUGAUGUUGAAUCUGUGAAGCGUAACAUCCUUCUACUUGUAUAAUGUAAA